GAUUUAUAACUUUGCGGCGGCGGAUACCAAUACCAAUCAGAACUUGCCGUGCAAAGUUUUGGUGAAGUUCGUUUUAAGAAGAUGUCACCGACAGAAAUAAUUUACGUUUUCGUGUUGUUAUCCUCGGUUGGUUUCGGACAAGUGAUCAAAUAUGUCAAGAGUCCGAUCCAGAAGCAGUUGAUCUCAACCUGUGUGGGUGUUGUGAUGGUGGUCGGGCUGUGUGGUUGGCAGACGUACCAUUCAGUUUUAUCGGUAGCUGUGACGGUAGCCAUCAUACGAGGAAUUGGUGCCAACAGGAAGUGUCACCUAUGGAGCUUUGCGUUCAACUUUACCUACCUUCUCCUCUUCAGGCUUGGUUAUCUGAUUGGUUUGUCAGUGCCAACAGGUUUCUCUAAUGUUGUACAGUUGCUUCUGACUCUACGGCUUGUGGGUAUCUCGUUUGAGAUCAAGGAUUCCUACACAGCCAAAGCAAGAGCUAGAGAUGCAAGUAUCAACCAUAAUCAGCAGAAUGGAAAACCUCGCUACGAAGCUAUCAUUCAGGAACCGAGUAUCGCUGAUAUCUGUCACUAUAGCUACUGCUAUAUUGGACUGUUUUCAGGUCCAUACUACACCUACAAGACAUACAGUGACAUGCUUCACUGUAAGAACUCCCAUUCUAUUCCCACCACGUGGCCCAUUAUUGAGAAACUCAAGAUGCUGGUUCCUCUCGGUGCUGCUUACGUGGCUCUGUCUUUCUUCAAGUGCUCAUCCGCGCCGUUCUUUCUGUCCGAGGAGUUCUAUUCACACGGGUAUUUUCAAAGGAUCUAUUUUACAGUAGUGCUAGUGACUGCCUAUCGCCUGCGCAUGUACGCUGCAUGGCUGUUAGCAGAGUGCGUUUGUAUCUCGGCAACAUUAGGAGCUUAUCCUGUGUCGACCAAGCCUAAGGUUGGCCUGGGACCUAGUGUGGAACCUGCGGAAGACAGCAAAUCGAGCUCUGAGCCAGUCGAAUACAACUACACGACCAUUCAGAAUAUUGACUGGUACCAUUGCGAGAGCACGACUGAUUUCCGUAGUGCCAUGCGCUACUGGAACAUGACAGUCCAAUGGUGGUUGAAGAACUACGUGUAUAUUCGAUUUCCAUACAGAUCCUGGAGUACCUUCGUCACAUUCCUGGUCAGCGGUUACUGGCACGGCAUCCACCCAGGCUAUUUCCUGUGCUUCCUGACCACGCCCAUGAUCCUCAUCGCGGAGGACAGCAUGCGUGUCUUCCGACGUGGCGACGCCAUCUUCUGGUAUGACAAGGUGGGAUGGGUCAUGAAGUGUUACACAUUCCAAUAUGUCCACAUGGGAUUCCAAUUGUUAGGGUUCUGGGCUACCAUGCGCCACUGGGCAUCCACGUACUUCCUGGGGCAUGCUCUGACUGGAUUCUUUCUAGUAGUGUCCAUCAUUUUCAGGCCACGGAGAACCGAGAAGAAAGUCGAGUGAGAA